UCCUCCCCAGUGUUUCGCCCUCUGUUUCUGGGAAAGAAGAAGUUUAAGGGGGGGAAAACAAGUGCGUGGAGCCACGAAACAGGUCUGACCUCAGCUACUGGAACUAAGCAAGGUGCUGUUUUAAAGAGUGUCCAAAGUGUGGGUGGCUGAGGCAACAUGAACACCACUGACCCAGGCUCCAUCUCCACCUUCACCUCUAACACAGAAAACAUCACUCUGUCCAGCCUGACGACCAACACUGUCUCUCCUCCCACCAUCCCACAACCUCCAUCUUACUCUUCAGACAUUUAUGACCCAGAAUUCACCAUCAUGGUGGUGUUGGGCUUAUCGUUGUUGCUGGCGGGGGUAGCAGCCUUCCUGGCAGUUUGCCGGCCCUCUGAACAGGAUGGGGACUCUGAGGCGAGCUGUGGUCCGGGCGAGGGCUUGACUCGGGGAAGAGCCUUGUCCAGUGAGCCCCAGCUCAAGGUGUGGAAGAGGCUGGGCUCCUAUCGGCGUUCAUACAAUCUCUCCUUCAGACGACCGCCUCAUCGCAGGCCGCAUGAGAGUACGCAUGUGUCGCAGUCUCCAGUGCGACAGACUCCACAGCCAGAGGCCAGCGUGGAGCCCCAUCUCACUAUGCCUUGUCUAUUUGACUACGUCACUGAAAUCUGACAGGCCGACAGAUGACUGACUGUUCUGCAGACGUGAUGCACUGUUAUUUUUAUGGUUGGUGCUGUGAGCAUUACUAACAAGAAGAAGGAAAAGUGCAUUUUCGGUAUUUGUUUUAACCAUCUGUGAAUUGCAGGUGGAUGAGGUUUGCUAGAAAAUGCUGCAAAAGUGUUAAAAAGCAGCAGGAGAACACGUGUUUUCUGAAUAGACCAGUUUAUCCUCUACAAGCAGAAUUUUUGGGCACGGAUUGUCUUUUCAUUUGCACUGUAUUGACGAGAGAUAAAAAUGAUUUAAUUCAUCUAUAAUUCAGUUUGUUUACAGUGAGCAAAAAUACAAUCCAAACACAUACUAGUAUUAACCCUGACUUAUUUUGAAGACCAAACUUAAGCCUCUUUGGACAUCAUCACAGUUUAAUCUGUAUGAUACUCUGAAAAUGAGUUUUUAAUUUACACCAAUCACAUUCAAAGUCUGGGGACAACCAUCCUUCCUCUGCAUCACACUGCUAAUUGCUCUGAUGCAGCAAACCCCAUCCAUCUGGCGAUUCACGUACAUUAAGACAAACACUAGGAAUUAUUGUUUAGUAUCAUUUCAUGCAAAACAUGGUGGAUUCCCAAUACCGAUGAGACAAACACGAUGUGAGCCAAAAAAGGAGACCACUUUGUAACAGACUCAAUGUGUUAAAAAAAAAAAAAAAAGAAAAAUUAAAGGACUUUUAAGUUUGCUGA